CUUUAAAACUUGUUGUCGGGUGUCAGAUUCCAGGAAGAGAGGACUAACAUUACAAGCACACUGGAAAGACUUUGAGAGUGCAGUCUACUUGAGAUAGCAGUAUACAGCUUGCACAAAUGACAGAAUUUCACUUCACACCAAAGAAGUAUAUAUAUAAUGUAUUCAUGGCCAGAGAGGAGCAGAAAGAUGUUUAUCUUGUAUCAAACCUGGUGUCAUCAGAGCCUGAUAAACAUGCACGAAGAGACAACCUUUCAAAAUACAAAACCCUUCAAGUUAACUACCAAGACAACAUUACUAAAAUAAUAAUGAAUCGGCCUGAGAAAAAAAAUGCUCUCAGCUUGGAGAUGUACAAUGAAAUUAUUUGUGCACUAGAUGAAGCCGGAAAGGAUGAUUCUGUCUUAACAGUCUUAACAGGAUAUGGUGACUACUUUAGCAGUGGUAAUGACCUAAAUAACGCUAAAUACAUAUCACCAAAAAAAGAUGAAAUUCUAAAAACACCACUAGAGGUAGUAAGGAAUUUUGUUUGUAAAUUCAUUGAUUUUCCAAAACCUCUCAUAGCCAUGGUAAAUGGGCCUGCAAUUGGCAUUGCUACUACUAUUCUUGGUCUGUUUGACCUUGUGUAUGCCUCUGACAAGGCCACAUUUAAUACACCUUUUAGCAAAUUGGGCCAACAUCCAGAAGGAUGUUCUUCUUAUACAUUCCCUAAGAUAAUGGGUUUAGCAAAGGCUACUGAGGUACUUGUUUUCAACAAGACGUUGACAGCUAGGGAAGCAUGUGACCUGGGUCUGGUCACUGAAGUAUUUCCCGACAACACAUUCCAAAAGGAAGUUUGGUCGAAGUUAAGAGCUUAUGCUACCUUGCCUAAAAAUUGUCUGACCCUCUCCAAGCAGUUGAUUCGCAAUGUGGAAAAGGAAAAACUUCAUGCUGUUUGUGAGAAAGAAUUUGAACUUCUCGCUAAAAGAGCCAAUUCCGAAGACUCCCUCAAGGCAGUACAGCUUUUUUUCCAACGCAAGGCAAAGCUGUGAUUUUUCUUUCAUCAUUUACUACAUUACAUUACUAUGGUUCUUUGCAUUAUCCAAUUAAAAUGGAUUAUGCAAAGAACCCAUAAUUAGGAAAUGCAGUUUUAUAUAUUUAGAAAUUACCUUUCAUUAUAUCCCUAAUCUUCACUUUUUACUGUAGUAACACUUUGUAUUAAUGUUUUGCACCAUUCCACUGUUAUAUGGUGACAAGUCAGCUGUACCAUGUAUACUCUUGUGUUAUAUAAUUUAAUGUAACCAAUGUCCCAAUUUGGUGAUGGAUUCAAUUGUGCCAUAGUUAUAGUGCUCUUCUACUGCUGACUGGAGAAAUCACAGGAGUGUUUUUUAAAUUCUGCUGGUAACCUCAGGGAGAAGAAUAAGUUAAUGCAUUUAAAAUGCAUAUUAUUUAUAUGUUUUAAUCAUACUAACAGGCAUACUUUUGCCCAUAAUCUGUUUAGCAUACAAGGGACUAUUUUGCAGCUUUGCUGCUUAUUAUGAUAAUCAGUUUGAGCAGGAAAACUAUACUGCAUUGAAUAAUAGUGAACUAUUGUAGACAGGGACAGCAACAGAAAUCUUCGGGACAGCACACUCAUGUUUUUGGGGCCCCCUAUCUCUUCCCAUUAGGGACAGGCAAGUCAGCCAUUGGCUCAUCCCUGUCUCUUCAGCAUCGUACUCACCUGUUUUCUCAGCCUUAUCCCCCCUGUGCUUCUCUAGCCUCAUUCCAGCCUGUGUUGCUCCCCCACAACCCCCAUCUCUCCAGCCUCAUCUCCACCUGUGCCACUCCAGCACCAUCCCUGCCAUGUCUCUCCAGCACCAUUUCUAUUUCUCACCUCAUCCCCCAACUGUCUCUCCAGCUUCAUUCUCUCUCCCCCCUGUGUCUCUCAGCCUUCACCCCACCCUGUCUCUCAACCGUGUCCCCCUGAGUCUAUCAGCAUCAUCACACCAUCUUUCUCAGGCCCACCACCCUGUGGUUCCCAAGCCCCGUGUCUUCAGCUCCAUCCCCUCGUACCACUUCAUCUCCAGCCCCACCCGACCCAUGUCUCUAUAGGCCAGCUCAGCCCGCGCUUGCCUCCUGCUGCCUGCUGAGGCUGCUAAUCCUCUUCACGGGUGGCUUGGCUCCUUUGUGAUCCAGUGGCACAAUUUAAUUGUGAUGGCUACCCCUUUUUCUGGGGACACAUGAACUGCAAAUAAUCUUGUUAAACAAAAACAACUGAUGCAAAGCAGGGAGGGAGCGCAUGAUGGAAGGAAACACAGUAACAGGCAAAACAUGCUUUUUAUGUGAAACUACACAUCCUAGCAUGCCCUGCCACAGUUUUAGCAUUUUCUAGUAGCAAAACUGUGGCAGGGCAUUCUGGGACUUGUAGUUUCACAACAGCUGGAGAGCCACAGGUUGGCCAGGCCUGCUUUAAUCGUUGUGUCUUUGUGACUCCAACAUUGUUAUCGCAUUUCGAUUAAAGUGGAACUUUCAUCUUAUAGACAGCGGAGGAAACAGUUUGUGGCCUCAGCAAGCAUGCAGCAUAUCAGUUUGCUAGGAACCAAUAACAUCACUGAGGCACCUGCUAAUAUCACACAACCUGACUUAUAUUCAUGAGACAUUGGUUACUACUAAAUUGAUAAGUAUAGUCCCAUGAAUAUUUGCCACAGCUCACUUUUCAGUGUAAAUCCCGCUGCUUUUAGAGCUCCACUGAUCCUAUUUGAUGAUAGCAUAAUUAGUUUAGUAUACUGCAUCUUGCAUACACCCCAUAAUAUUGAAAAUUAUUUUUCUGUGAAGGCUAAAUACAUGCUGCACAUAGAAUUUAGUGGUGUUUGGACAUUUAAGCCACAUUUAAAGUUCACAAUUUAUCUUGACUAUAUACAUUUUUUAUAUAAAAAAAAAAAGUAUCUACUGAACAAAUAAAGAAACAUUUUUAAAAACUCA